UUGGCUUCCGAAUCUGCGCUGUCUCUUCCUCCCAAAAUUGAAUGCGCGCGGCUUCGCCAGAUCGAGGUGCCAAAGCUGAGCGUUAAGCCCUCAGAGGUAACGUCCCUCCCCCUGGCAGAUGAGCUCCAGUCUUCCUUUCCCUCUCAGCACAGCGCUUCAGACAACAGCGGGAUUGCGUCCAUCUUCAGUUAGAGAUGGUUUUACAACUCAAUUUGACUCGAGCUUUCAUCCCCGGUUCCAUGUGGCAUCGGCGCGGAGUUCUUCAAAGGCUCCGGCGCGAGUCCUGUCAAGACCGCGUCUAAGUAACACCGCAAAGGUCACUGAGAGGGAAAAAACUGCAAUGAUUUGUGACAAAGCGGAUAUAAUUAAACAACAACGGUAACUUCAGCACAGGUUUUUAAAGCAGCCGCCUUCAAACGGCACUAGCUGAAGAUCUUUCAACCAUGCCAGUCCGAAGAGGUCAUGUUGCGCCUCAGAAUACCUUUCUUGGAAUGAUAAUACGGAAAUUCGAAGGACAAAACAAGAAAUUCAUCAUAGCAAACGCCAGGGUGCCCAACUGUGCCAUCAUCUACUGCAAUGACGGCUUCUGUGAGAUGACGGGCUUCUCGCGGAUGGACGUCAUGCAGAAGCCCUGCACCUGUGACUUCCUGCACGGCGAGCUCACCAAGCGCAACGCCAUCUCCCAGUUCGCCCAGGCCCUGCUGGGCUCUGAGGAGAAGAAGGUGGAGAUCACCUACCACCGCAAGGAUGGUUCAGACUUUCUGUGCAUCACUCACAUAAUCCCAGUGAAGACCGAGGAGGGAGUGGUGAUGAUGUUCAUCCUCAACUUCGACUACGAGGGGAGCAGUGACUCGCUGGAGCGCUACCCUCUCACACCCCCAGCAAAGUCUGAGCAACGCAAGGGGAGAUUUUUCCGGUUCCGCCUGCCAUCCCUCAACCUCUUGGGCUCCAGCAAGCAGUCUCUCCCCCAAGAGGAUCCGGACACGGUCAUGAUCGACUCGCCCAAAGAGAGCAACGACUCGGUGGCCAUGAGGGACUUCCGCUCUCCCUCCAAGGACAUCUGCAGCCCCACCAAGGCCAACGACACGUUGGCCCUCAUCGGCUCCAGCCUGCCAUCCUCGCCCAUUAGCGUGACCAGCCCGGUGAACCACUCCUCCCCCAAGCAGCCGUCCUGGGACAGGCGCAGCUCCACACUGCUCCAGUCCACCACCUGCUUGGCCCAGGCCCCGUCCCGCGACACCCUGUACAGCCGGAGACGAGCUUCCUCGGUUCACGACCUCGAGAGCUUCAGCGCCAACAGCAAGCGGGUGCUCAGACACACCAGUGAAGGUCCAUUCAACCAUCUCAAAUCCAGCCUGCUGGGCUCCAAUUCCGAUUCCAACAUACACAAGUACAGCACCAUCAACAAGAUUCCGCUCAUUGGACUCAACUUCACAGACGCGAAUGACAGGAAGGCCCCCUCCCCACCGUCCUCAGAGAAAACCAUCAUCGCCCCCAAAGUCAAAGAUCGAACACACAAUGUGACAGAGAAAGUAACACAGGUGUUGUCUUUAGGUGCUGACGUGCUGCCUGAGUACAAACUCCAGACGUCUCGCAUCGACAAGUUCACCAUCCUGCACUACAGCCCGUUCAAAGCCGUGUGGGACUGGCUCAUCCUGCUGCUGGUCAUCUACACGGCCAUCUUCACGCCCUACUCGGCCGCCUUCCUCCUCAACGACCGCGAGGAGCAGAUGCGGCGCGAGUGCGGCUACUCCUGCAGCCCGCUCAACGUGGUGGACCUGAUGGUGGACAUCAUGUUCAUCAUCGACAUCCUCAUCAACUUCCGCACCACCUACGUCAACGUGAACGAGGAGGUGGUCAGCCACCCGGCCAAGAUUGCCAUCCACUACUUCAAGGGGUGGUUCCUCAUCGACAUGGUGGCGGCCAUCCCCUUCGACCUGCUCAUCUUUGGGUCAGGAUCCGACGAGACCACCACUCUGAUCGGGCUGCUGAAGACAGCACGGCUGCUCCGGCUGGUGCGCGUGGCCCGCAAGCUGGAUCGCUACUCAGAGUACGGCGCCGCUGUGCUGAUGCUGCUCAUGUGCAUCUUCGCGCUCAUCGCCCACUGGCUGGCCUGCAUCUGGUACGCCAUCGGCAACGUGGAGAAGCCCUACCUGGACCACAAGAUCGGCUGGCUGGACAACCUGGGCGUGUCCAUCGGCAAGCGCUACAACUACAGCGACCCCAGCUCGGGCCCGUCCAUCAAGGACAAGUACGUGACGGCGCUCUACUUCACCUUCAGCAGCCUCACCAGCGUGGGCUUCGGGAACGUCUCGCCCAACACCAACUCCGAGAAGAUCUUCUCCAUCUGCGUCAUGCUCAUCGGCUCUCUCAUGUACGCCAGCAUCUUUGGCAACGUGUCAGCCAUCAUCCAGAGGCUGUACUCCGGCACGGCACGCUACCACACGCAGAUGCUGCGGGUGAAAGAGUUCAUCCGCUUCCACCAGAUCCCCAACCCCCUGCGCCAGAGGCUGGAGGAGUACUUCCAGCACUCCUGGACCUACACCAACGGCAUAGACCUCAACACGGAGGUGCUAAAAGGUUUCCCAGAGUGUCUGCAGGCAGAUAUCUGCCUCCACCUCAACCGGAGUGUGCUGGAGCAGGUCUCAGCCUUCCGGGGGGCCAGUAAAGGUUGCCUGCGCGCUCUGGCCAUGCACUUCAAGACCACCCACUGCCCGCCCGGGGACACGCUGGUCCACGGCGGCGACGUGCUCACCGCCCUUUACUUCCUAUCACGGGGCUCCAUCGAGAUCGUCAAGGACGACAUAGUGGUCGCCAUCCUCGGGAAGAAUGACAUCUUCGGGGAGAUGAUCCACCUCUAUGCAAAGCCGGGGAAGUCGAACGCAGAUGUGCGUGCUCUGAGUUACUGUGACCUGCACACCGUCCAGAGAGAGGACCUGUUGGCGGUGCUGGAUAUGUACCCCGAAUUUUCCGACCACUUCCUCACCAACCUGGAACUCACGUUCAACCUUAGAGAUGAGAAUGCUAAGAACACAUACUCACAAGGCAGUGAUUCGGAUGGAGAAGAUACCAGGAGCCGAAGAAAAAUGUCUUUCAAACGCAAGUCGUCUAAAGGGGAGAGCAACAAGGAAGCGGAGAGCGACUCCAGGAAAGACAGGGAGUCUUACGCCGGCUCCAAGAGAGGGUCUGAGGACAGGAGGCUCUCCAGGGACGAGCAGCAGCAGCAGCAGCAGCUGCCACGCGGGCUCCCCAGCUCGGGGAUUCUGGGAUAUCCCUCGGUCCAGGAUUAUGCCCUCACCCCAGACUACAGCUACACCAGCGACACCCAAGCGAGAGACGUCACAGAGAAAAAACAGCCUGACAGAGAUGAGUGGGCCUGUGAAAAGCCCAGGGACCUCCUGCAGGAGUCGGUCCAGUCAGCCCAGUCACCCGAGGUGCAAGGAGCCGACGACUCGGCCAGCGAGAUUACCUACGGAGAGGUGGAGCAACGCUUGGACCAGCUCCAGGAGCACCUGAACAGGCUGGAGUCUCAGAUGACGUCAGACAUCCAAACCAUCCUGCAGCUGCUGCAGAGGCAGUCCUCCAUGGGCCCGCCGGCCUACAGCACGGUGACCGCCAGCCCGGACUAUAAGAGGCCUGCCAUCCGAGUGCAGCCCAUCGCCACCAUCAUGGCAGCCCAGCCCCCUAGUCAGCCAACACAGAACACUGAUGUCUUCAGCAUGGCACAGCUCCCUCACAACCCCAAAGAGUCAGCGUCAGGCCUGGUCCGCCUGGACAGUGGCCCUCACAGUGACACCUUCUCAGCAUUACUGGCCCAGGAGACCGGCCUGGACCACCACAGACACUCUCCCCAUCAGACUGCUCUCCUCCAGCAGCAGCAUUCCCAGCCCCUUCUGCCCAUCCAGCCUUCCUCUGCCUCCUCCUCAUCCUCCUCCUCGUCCUCCUCCUCAAAGCCAGCGCCCAGCAGUGCAGGGGCAGCAGGACUUCACAGACCCCAGUGUGACCCAGGACUCAUGAAGGAGUAGCUCUCCCCCUUGCCCCCCCCCCCCCAACUCUCCUGGCUCUGGCUCUACGUCUGCUACAGCCUGUUACUCAGGGUCUGGUUGGCGACUGUGUGUUUUCUCAUCCUAUUGUAUGUAGCAGUACCAUUGAUGUAGCCUCUUCCAUAGCAUGUAAUCACUUUUGUUGAAACAUGGUCGUGGUCCCUGGGGAUAUGUGUGUGAUGGGAGAGCAUACCUGGAAGUGCACGGCCUAUGAACACGUCUUGCCAUGUGAUACAGAUAGCAAGUUGGAAGAAAACAGCACUUGUUGGAGAAGGGAAGGGUAUGUUCCAGAGUAUUUCUGAUUCAUGCUCACAGCACACUCAUUCAAGCAUGUUUUCAGAGUGAACAAGUCGAGCAUUAAUUUAGUUUCUUUCAAACAUAACAAAGUAAAUAGAUAACAAUUUUAAAAUAAAUAGCCAGCUAGUGCAGAUUCCCCUGUAGUGGCCUAGUGUUGUCCCACGUCAGAUCAUGCAGAUUAAUUUACGCUAAAUAUUGGCCAUGAAAGGAAACCACAACAAAUAGUGCCUAAACAGACAGUGAACUGAAUUGAUAUCAACCAUGAGAGGCUUUCUUAUUGCCUCAGUUGAAUAUUACAUAUACACCUUAGACAUAUCGUUUUUUAACAGCAUAUCGCUUGUCCAGUCAGGAGCAUCUCCACCAUGGGCCUCACGUUCUAAAAACAACAUAUAAUUAAGGUCGUUCGUUGUUGAAUACCAUCUCUCUGACAGUUACGACGAUUUCAGAGUUGUGCGAUUGGGGAUAAGUGGGAAAAUAGGCUCUUCCUCCACACUGAUCAGAAAAUGAGCACACUUGGAAUGCAAGGCUGUUGCCACCAACUUUAGCCUUAGUGGUUACUAGAACAAGCAAUAAAGUCACAGACACACACACACACACACACACACACACACACACACUUACUCACACACUGACACACACACACACACACACACAUUUGUAAAUGGUGUCACUGCUAGACAAAUGUCUCCACAGUGUUUGUCUUUUUACUUCUCCAGUCAUUAUGAGCCCUAUGUAUAAAAAAAAAACAGGUCAUCCUUUUCACCACUGAUAAUGUCCUGGCAUUAUACACUGAAGGCUAAGCAUUGGUUUCUUGUUCAACUCCAUAUUUUAAAUCAGGUUUGUAAGCUUGAUAUUGCACAAAACCUGCAUUAGAUAUUUAUUAGAUAAGCGUGCAAUGGCUUUAUUUAUUUCUCUUUCUAUACUGAUAGUUGAUUAUAAUUAUAUUUACUCCAAAGGAUUGAGAAAUUAGAGCAUACUUUGCAUGUUGGAUACCUACAGAGUAUAUAUCAACAAACUGUUGGGUCCAGUUGUUUCUUAAUGGCAUGUGUACGUUUUGGGGCUUCCAGAAAUGAAGAGAUAUCCAAUAUAUUCAAAGCAUCGUGCUUUUAUCCUAUAUGUGAACUAGGUGGGUCUCUGCAUAUUAGGCCAUAACCACACUCUGUAACCAAAAUGUUCCACAAAAGCAUACUGACUAGCUUGACCCUUGACAGUUCAAACCAGAGAAAUCUGACUUCUGAAAUCUCAGUAUUUUGAUCUCCCAACAAUAAGACGAUAAGUUCAAGUCAACGUUCAGUUUUUAUAUCUGAUAAAAUCAGUGUAGGUGUAGCAGCUGAUCGACAGACACAAAGGUUACACAGGAACUUGCUGGUUCAAGUGCUUUGUGAUUUAUUUUACCAUGUUUAAGAUAUCCCCUUCUGAGAAGAGUACUUGCACUUUUGAUCAUGUAUGCUUCAUUUCUGCACUGUAAUAAUCUUGUAAAUAUGUACGAUGUGCAGGUUUGGAGGAACAAUAAUUUGCGUUGGGAAAUUGUUGAUGGAGCAUUGUGUUGUGAAAUUGAAUAAUUCGGCUACUGAAAGCAUUUGCACAUCAACUUCAGCCCUGUACGAGGCAGUCACUUUUUAACCUAGUGUGUUUCACGGUUGUUUUUAUGCAUUUAUGCCAUUGUAUAUUUUAUACAUUGCAACACUUUACAACACUGAUUAUUUGAAUGUUUCAGUUCUUAAAUGAAUUAAAUGUAUUAUAUCCAGUGUAUAUAGCACAGUUGAUAUAGGUAAAUACUUUGGAAUAUUGUGUAAAUACAGAAUGAAUAUUAAAAAACGUAUGCGGCCUGA